AUGGGGGAAAGAAUGGCAAGGAGUUUGAUAGUUUUGGUAUUAUGUUUGACGUUGUUUAGUCCAGGUCAGUGACAUAGUGUUAUUAAUUAAAGAGUUUAAAAAUUAAAGUUGAAAUAUAAAUAAUUAAAUAAACUUCUAUUUAAGUGUUAGGAUUUCAGAAUUUUAGUUCUAACUUCUAAUUAUUGACUUCGCGAACAAUUUGUCAUGAAGCCCCACUGGAACUGUAGUGUGUACAGUUUAGAACUGAUAGAGCUAUCCAGUAAAAUAAAGUUAGUUUAGUUUAGGUUUCCUCUUGCAGUAACACUGGAUCAAUAAGAGAUGACUCUUACUGGACCGGGAAAACAGUUUAGAACUGAUAGAGCUAUCCAGUAUAAAUAAAUUUAGUUUAGUUUAGGUUUCCUCCUGUAGUAACACUGGAUCAAUAAGAGAUGAUCCUUGUUGGACCUCCAGGGAGAACAGUUAAGAACUGAUAGAGCUACCUAGACUAGUAUUCGCUAGUUUAUAGUUUAAGCUUCCGUCUGUAUUAACACUGAGCGAAAGAAGAUCCCUAGGAGAACGGUUUAGAAUCGAACUGAUAGAACUAUCCACUAUAUAUAUAACAGUCUAUCACUUUUCUCUUUGUACAGGCGACUCUCUCGUUUGCUACACAUGUAAAUAUGAGCGAACAUUAGCAGAUUGCUUGGCGAAUGGCGUGACAACAUGUACAGGCGAAGACGACGCGUGUUUUCGAGAAGAGGCUGAGAUACUCCGUCGUCAUGGACCGCGGGUUGUGAGUGCGGGUUGCGGACGUAGUUGGCGGAGUGCGAACAGCUGUGACGACCGUACGGGCAAGCUACGUUGUAUCAGCUGGUGUGACCAUAACCUCUGUAAUGGUAAACAUGUGAAAUUGGCAAAGAUUGGUAACUCGGCAACGCGUGUAUCCGAACUUCAUUUAUUUCUGAGCUUUAUCUCGCCUCUUUUACUUGCAUAUAUUUUGUACUUUUACUAA